AUCUCCACCAGCACAGCAACUCACAUGGAAAUCCCCAGUCCGUGAACAUGCCUCUGUUCUAGUUCUUCUUCUUCCCCGAAAAGCUCAUUAGGGUUUUUGUUUUUUUUGUUUUUUUAAAUUUAAUUUAAUUUAAUCUUUUGUUAUUUUUCCCAACUACCAUCGCACGCCUUUUUGCUUCCCCUUUCUUCUUCAACAGAUUUCCUUCAUUUCUGCUAUAAAUACUCCAUUUAUGUCGUCUUUACUACAACACCUUCGUUUUCCUUCACCCCUUUUUCCCUUUUCCCAUUCCUCUCUGUUACUCCGUUUCUCUCUAUCCUCUCUACGUUCUUCUUCUUCUUCUUCUUCUUCUUCUUGUUAUUGUUCGUUUUCGCCGGAGUUGCUUCCAGUUGCGGCGGCGGUGGUUAGGAAGAGAUUACAAGAGAAUAACAAGAACACCACCAUGACGGUUGGUGCUGGAAUUACUUUAUCCGAUGCGAAUUUGACAGUGUUGGGAAAUCGCGUUUUGUCUGAUGUUCAUAAUAACAUUACUCUCACGGCGGCGCCGGGCAGCGGCGUGAUGAAUGGCGCCUUCAUUGGAGUUCAAUCUGAUCAGAUCGGUAGCCGUCGAGUUUUUCCUGUUGGGAAAUUGAUAGGAUUGAGAUUCUUGUGUGCUUUUCGAUUCAAAUUGUGGUGGAUGACUCAAAGAAUGGGGUCUUCUGGCCAAGAAAUUCCAUUCGAGACUCAAUUUCUGGUGGUGGAAGCACGUGACGGCUCUAACAUUGCCGGAAAUGAAGAGGAGGGCGCCGCCGUGUAUACUGUGUUUCUUCCUAUUCUUGAAGGCGAUUUCAGAGCUGUUCUUCAGGGGAAUGAAAAUAAUGAACUCGAAAUCUGUUUGGAAAGUGGAGAUCCAAGUGUAGAUGGAUUUGAGGGUAGCCAUCUGGUGUUUGUGGGUGCUGGAUCAGAUCCCUUUGAAACUAUUACAUAUGCAGUCAAGUCUGUUGAGAAGCAUUUACAGACUUUUGCUCAUCGUGAGAGGAAGAAGAUGCCUGAUAUUUUGAACUGGUUCGGCUGGUGCACGUGGGAUGCUUUCUACACUGAUGUCAAUUCAGAUGGGGUGAAGAAGGGCCUUGAGAGCUUUGAGAGUGGGGGAAUUCCUCCCAAGUUUGUCAUCAUCGAUGAUGGAUGGCAAUCAGUUGCCAAGGAUUCUACUAGUGCCGAUUGCAAAGCUGAUAACACCGCCAACUUUGCAAACAGGUUAACAAACAUAAAAGAGAAUUACAAAUUUCAGAAAGAUGGCAAAGAGGGUGAAAGAAUUGAGAACCCUGCGCUUGGUCUUCAGCAUAUUGUGUCCUACAUGAAAGAGAAGCACGCAGCGAAGUAUGUGUAUGUUUGGCAUGCGAUAACUGGCUACUGGGGUGGUGUGAGUUCUGGAGUUAAAGAGAUGGAACAAUAUGAGUCUAAGAUUGAAUUCCCCGUUGCAUCUCCCGGGGUUGAAUCGAACGAGCCAUGUGAUGCUUUGAAUAGCAUCACGAAAACUGGACUUGGCCUUGUGAACCCUGAAAAAGUUUUCAACUUCUACAAUGAACAACACUCGUAUCUUGCAUCUGCUGGUGUCGAUGGAGUUAAGGUUGAUGUUCAAAACAUUCUCGAGACGCUUGGGGCAGGCCAUGGUGGAAGAGUUAAACUUGCUAGAAAAUACCACCAGGCUCUCGAGGCAUCAAUUGCACGAAAUUUUCAUGAUAACGGAAUCAUUUCGUGCAUGAGUCAUAAUACUGAUGGUUUAUACAGUUCAAAGCGGAAUGCUGUUAUUCGAGCAUCGGACGAUUUUUGGCCAAGAGAUCCAGCGUCUCACACGAUUCAUAUAGCAUCAGUUGCUUACAACUCCUUAUUUCUUGGGGAGUUUAUGCAACCAGACUGGGAUAUGUUCCAUAGUCUUCAUCCUAUGGCCGAAUAUCACGGAGCAGCUCGUGCCGUGGGAGGAUGUGCUAUAUAUGUCAGUGACAAGCCUGGUCAACAUGACUUCAAUCUUUUGAAGAAGCUUGUGCUCUCAGAUGGUUCUAUUCUAAGAGCUAAGCUACCCGGAAGACCAACAAAGGACUGCCUAUUUACGGAUCCGGCUAGAGAUGGAAAAAGUCUAUUGAAGAUUUGGAAUUUGAAUGAUCUUUCGGGUGUCGUUGGGGUCUUUAACUGCCAAGGAGCAGGAUGGUGUAAGGUUGGAAAGAAGAACCUCAUUCACGAAGAAAAUCCCGGCACGAUCACGGGGGUUAUUCGGUCAAAAGAUGUUAGUUAUCUAUGGAAAAUAGCAGGCGAGUCUUGGACAGGGGAUGCAGUGAUAUUCUCCCAUCUUGCUGGAGAAGUUGUUUACCUGCCACAGGAUGCAUCGAUGCCCAUAACGUUGAAACCUCGGGAAUACGAUGUCUUCACGGUUGUUCCUGUCAAGGAACUGGUUAAUGACAUCAAGUUUGCUCCCAUAGGUUUAAUCAAGAUGUUCAACUCUGGAGGAGCUGUGAAAGAAUUGAACCAUCAGCCUGGAAGUUCAAAUGUAUCAUUGAAAGUUCGUGGUUCCGGGCCAUUCGGGGCGUAUUCCUCUAGCAAACCGAAGCGAGUAGCAGUCGACUCGGAGGAGGUAGAGUUCAUAUAUGAUGAUGAGAGUGGUUUGAUCACCAUUGACUUGAGGGUGCCAGAGAAAGAGUUGUAUCUUUGGGACAUAAGCAUUGAACUAUAGAACAAAAUUAAGAACAGUGAUUCUUUUCUUGAAUAUUUCUCAGGGGUGAGAGGGGAUUUUGUGUUUGCUGAGAGAUGGAAAUAUUCUUUUUUUUUGGAUUUUUUUUUCUUAUGUAACCCCUUUUGUAAACCCAUUUAAUAAUGGGAAUAAUUCUAAUUUUAAUAAGAUUAAAGAACUAUAUUGGUUCUUCGACAUUU